AUGGGUAUCGGAUACAAUGUCGGAGGCAAAGUUGCAUUGGUCACCGGCGCAGGAUCAGGAAUCGGCCUCGCCAUUGCCCAAAGACUUCUUGCGCACGGCUGCUCAGUGAUUUUUGCAGACUUGAAUCUACGUGCAGAAGCUACGGAUACUAUUUCCAAGUUUCCCCAUCCACCAGCUGACGCCGUUCACCCCUCAGCUGUCUUUCACAAGACAGACAUAACCAACUGGUCUGAUUUAACUUUGCUCUGGACAACAUCAGUGGACACCUUUGGUCGUGUCAAUAUAGUCAUCAACAAUGCAGGCAUUUUUGAGCCUCCUUGGUCAUCCUUUUGGAACCCGCCGGGGAUUUCCCCACAGUCCAGAGACCCUGUCGACGCUACAGUGGGAUCAUACCACAUUUUCAAUGUCAAUACCAUAGGUCCCAUCCGCCUAGCACAGAUGGCGGUGGACUAUUGGCUGCAAAACAGGGACACCGAAGGCAACCUGCUCUGGGUUUCUAGCAUGGGAGGUUACGUCCACUCAAUCCAGACACCAUUCUACUUUGCGAGCAAGGCUGCCAUCCUGAGUGUGGUCAAAUCAUUGCAAGGUUUGAAGGAGCUUGUUGGUAUUAGGAACUCGGUGAUCUGCCCAGGGCCAACAAGAACUCCCUUGUUCGACCAGGAAUUUUGCAGAGAUCGUCUCCCUGUCAAUGAUCUUGCUCUAUCAACUGAGAAUCUAGCUGAUGCUAUGAUGAAGCUUCUUACCGAAGAGCAGUAUGGCAACGGAAAUAUCCUCGAGAUUAUGAUGACUGGUAGUAGAGAUCAUCCUCAGGUUCAUCAGAAAGAGGUUCAGCUGGAAGUUCUUUAUCCGACAGCUAGUCCCAUGGGUGCAGGCACAAAAGCCAUGGAAGAGGAAUUGAAUUUCAUGCGAAUGGUUGCCCAGCAGGGAAUGCGUUCAACCUGCGCACCGGAGGGAAAACAUUGA